GGAAGCUCCCCCGGGCUUGAACAACUCUCUUUUUUCUGUCGCAUUCCUAUACGAACUGUGCGCCGCAGACUGUUGACCUCUGUCUCCAGAAGGUUUCCGUGAAAAUCCAUCCUCGCUCGUUUGAUUUCCAUUGAUACCCAUCCCACCUUACCCCACAUUAUUAUGAGCAAAAAGUUCAAGUCCCAAGCUUCAAGUAGCCGGGCUGCGGCCGGCGCAUUUGGAUCCUUUGGGGGGUUUUCAGGAGCCUUUUCGACUCAGGGAAGGGAACCUUCGUCCCUGACCUACGUGGCCGAGCCCCCCGACUUGUCGCGCAUAUCGGAGCCGCAAUUGGCCAUUGCUUUCAAGAAUUUCCUGAAGAAGGAUGAAGUUACGAGAACACGAGCAUUAGAUGAACUGAAGGAUUUUGUUUCGGGUGUAGAAAACCGCGGCGGAACUCUCGACGACGGAUUCCUGGAAGCCUGGGUAAAAAUAUACCCCCGGGCGUCGAUUGACCUCUCUCGAAGAGUGAGGCAAACGGCUUAUGCCAUCCAAGGAUCAGUUUCAUCGCUGGUAGGGAAGAGAAUCGCCCGAUUUUUACCCAAAGUAGUCGGCGCAUGGCUUGCAGGUCUAUAUGAUAAUGACAAACCCGUCCAUCGGUCUGCUCUAGAAUCCUUUACGCGGGUUUUUUCGACCGAUGAGAAGCGAAAAGGCGUGUGGAAGGUCUAUCAGACCUCCAUCCUGGAUUUUGUAGAUGAUGUCAUUCUUCAACAAACUCCUCAGACUUUGAGCGACGAGCGGACCGUCAAGCCUGACGACGCGGAAGCGAAGUACGCGCGCGUGGUAGGAACUGCAAUUCUACUACUUAACCGGAUAAUAGGAAACUCAACCCGCGAAGAACUUGAAAAAGAUCUUCCAACUGUACAAAAUCUUCUUACUAGUAAAUCGUUAUGGGCCUUAUGCUACCAUGACGACCCCUUCGUUCGCAGGUCCAUUUAUACGCUUGUUCGCUCGGCAGUGGCCAAGGAGCCGGAAGAGCUCGAUUGGAAACUCGUCAGCGCAGCCUUGAUUGGCAAAUCACUCCACGCUUCUCAACUGGGUUCUUCUUCAGAUUUGUCCGAAUCUCUACUUCAGGCCACUUCUGCAAGGCCUCAAUUAUGGACGGACGAUUAUUCCAGCAAGUCUUCCGCAACCAAGCGGUUGCUUCAAUACGUGCAAAAAGGAUCCGAAGGCGGCGCAGGCUCUUUCUGGUCAAAUUUGCACCAGUUACUUCAGGUAAUCCCAGUACAGACAUUGGCAAACGGCGACUCGCAGAUUGGGAUAACAGGGGCAAUCGCUUUAACGGAAGCAUUCCAGGAAGGACUAACUUCCAGGGAUGAGCCUCGACAAAACCUCGCCGUUGCCUGGAAGGCUUACAUUGAUACCGGAAUCUGGCUUUUAGAGCGACUGCCUGCAGAAGAGAAGAACCGGUUCUUGCAAGAACGAUUGUCCCCUCUAUUAGCCCAAUAUGUCAAGCCUGAACCAGAUCGGUCAAAGUGGUCGCUCCCAGCUCUGUCCGCUAAGAACAUCACCGUUGAUUACCUCGGGGCAUUGCUGUCACACGACCGUGCGGGUGAAAUGGAAAGGGUGUGGACGGAACUUUCGGAUAGCCUACUCGAAGCUGUCAAACUAUCUUCACCAGAGCAAUCGAAGGACUUUAAGUCAUCGCAAGACGAAGUGUGCUCCCAGGCCGAACGCCUGUUGGUUCUAGAAGCGUUGAUGCUUUCGCGGGUGGCUGGGACGGAUGCCGAGACUCAAGUGCUGGGUAUAUUCGAAAAGACGAACUCGCCGCUACUUGAAAGUUGCGUCCAAGUCCUCCAGACACGCAAUGGCAAGCCCUACGGAGCGGCUGCUGUGAUUGAAGAAAUGGUCAACAAUGUUGCGCAAAUCGCUCAGAGGUCGCACGCUUUAGUGGACUUUGUUAAAGAUGACGCCCCGGAGCUUCUCUCAUCGCCAUCUGCUGAUCGACUGAUUUCCAUAAUCUUGUCUUGUCGUUCUUGGGAUGGGUUUGGUGAAAGCUUUGGCAAGAUCAUUGAACAAGUGGCAAAGUCAGAACCAGAGUCUUCGAAUGCUCAUGCUGUUCAAAAGCUACUCUCCACCCUCAACUUCAAGGAAGUGGACGGGAAGAGUGUGUUAGGCUCCUUGAUCAUGAGAGCCCUGGACCAGGCUUGUAAGGGUAGCAGUCUGCAUUGGUCGAUUGUUAUAGCUGUUCUCCAGAAUCAGACGUCUCACGGAGAACUUACAGAUUCAAUCUUCUUAUCGCUAAUCGACGCCCUGUCCGAUGAGAAUUUGGCUUUAGAUACACUGCACGGUCUUUCCCAAAUUGCCAACUCCGUUCCUACUGCGCUGCGAGGUUUCCAAAGUGGACCGCACGGUUCAAAACUGACCGGAAAACUGCAUUUCCUCGCCGAGUCGCCGUCGGAAGAAGUGGCCGAUAUCUCGGAAUCUUUGAUCAAGACCUUGAAGAAAACCGUUGUCGGUGAAACAAGUGCUCGGUCAAGCGUCGAGAUUCUCCAGCAUAAUUUCGACCUUGUUAAUGCUGAAUCGCUUUCGAUUGAAUCUCUUCUGACUAUAGCGGAAGAGCUCUUGCAUGGUACCAAACCGGAGGAUAUUGGUUCCCUGGCAAAGGACAUCCUACCGAGCCGUCAGACAUGGGAAAAGGCUCUUGGUCCCUUCCUCGACCUACCCCCUCGGUCGUCGACUGCUAUCACUAGCCCUCUUGGUGGUACAGUGCAUUUGGUUGAUCGGCAAUUGCCGGCAGAGUUUGGGGAGCGUUACGAAGGCGUCGCGCGUGACUCGACUCAAUGUUCGUCUGCUUUCCGACUGACCUAUUUCACCACAAAAGUCCUCUCCUUGUUUGAUCUUGCCGGGCAUCUCGGCACGGAUGAGCUUGAAUCUCUCUUCUACAAUCUCCCCCUUGCAGUGCAAUUGGUUGAUGAUGACCUCAGCAUUGAAAAUUCCAAUGGUAUCACAGGGCUCUCGCUUCCCGAGCAGCGGGAGGAAUACAUGGAAGUUGUCAAUGACGGUCGAAAGGUAAUCAGCGGAUGGGUCCACUCUAAAGACAACCUUCCGGUUACGAUCACUUCCUUCUGGGAAAGAAAGCUUGAGGGGCUUCAGAGUAUGUCUCCAUCGGACUACCGGAUUGGAGAGGCCUUUGUGAAAAUACUGGGCAGCGUGGAUUCUUCAAACAAAUCGAAGACUCCAGAAGAGCUUGCAGAACUAUGUAAAAGUGUCCGGACAGCCAAUCCCAUUCGCACAGCGUCAUGGGUGGCACUUCUACGCCAAUCGAUGCUUUCCACGCCUGCCGGAACACGGCUCUGUAACGAGCUCGUUGCAGACUCCACAGGCUUAAAACCCGAAGAUGAGAAGAAGGACGGUCUUCGAAAGUUGUCGUUGCUCAAUCUUCUCCUGGCAGGAGAUGAGUCGGUCGCUGCGUCUAUCCCAACACAGAGAUUGAUGUUCCUCCUCAAACAUCUCGUUCAGUGUCUCCAGUCUGAACGGGCAGCUUUGAGUGUCAAGGCCGAAAUUUUGCAGAGUUUGACGUUCGUCUUACCUUGCAUUCACGAAAUGUAUGGCUCUCACUGGGAGGAAAGUAUGGAGAUCCUCGGCACGAUUUGGCAAGACGUCAAUGGCGGUGAUGAAGCGCUGCCGUUGCUCUUGGCAUCCUUCCGACUUUUCUCUUCUUUGAAAUCGAUUGUGGACAAUGAAGAGAGUAAUGAUGAUGUGAAGGAUGCUUGGGCGGAUCGCAAGACAGUGCUCUUCAACCGGUUGACUUCAACGCUGCAUAAAUUCGACUCUUCCACCAAUUUCUAUCAACCUCGCGAUGUCGCUGUCGACCGUCUACGUCGCCUGCUCAAUAUCACCCCGGCCGACAGUCUUGAGGAUGUGAGCAAGGUUUUCCCACUUUUGACCGCGCAUAGUGGCACUGUUCAGCGGGCUGCCUACGCCAUUCUGCAUCGGUAUAUCCCGAGCGUUCAAGAGCAGAUAUCCUUCGAUGUGGCAUUAUCCAAGACGACCGUCAGCCUCCCGGAUGAACUCAUGUCUCUGCUACUUGAAGCGCCCACGAUAGCAUCUGUCAAUCUCGCCUAUGGCGAUGACCGGACUUGGGCGGAUAUACGGUCAUAUCUCCUGAGUUGGAAGGUGGUGUUUGAUCACUUCGUCAAUGCAUCUCUUACUGUUCAAGAAAAUUACGCGACUAGCAUCAAGGAAAACGACACGCUGGCUCCGCUGUUGGAAUUCAUGUUCGACUUCCUCCAGGGUUCCCACGGAAAAAUGGUGGAUGCGUCUAAGUUUGACAUCCGUUCCUUCGAGCUGGAUGAGUCGGAGGACUACGAAAGAGAGACCCAAUGGCUUCUGGUUCAUCUCUACUUCUUGUGUUUGAGGCACGUGGCCAACAUGACCAAGAAUUGGUGGAUUGACACCAAGAAGCGCAUCAAGGGGCCGGUGGAGACGUGGACCGAGAAACAUGUUUCGCCCUUGGUUAUAGUGGAUGCACUCCAGGGCAUCACGGAUUGGAUGUCCACGCAAGACCCCAACGAGGAGCGCGCAUUGGCGGUUAAGAUUUCUCCCAAAACCGCCGAGAUCAUUGCUAGUAUCCCGGUUGAUGAGGAGUCGCCUCCCGUCUCCUUGUCCAUUUCCCUUCCUCCGGCCUACCCCCUGCAGCCUGCCGUGGUCGUGGGUCGCAGCCGCGUGCUGGUUGACGAGAAGAAGUGGAAGAACUGGCUUCUGACGAUCCAGGGAGUGAUUAUGUUUGCCAACGGCAGCCUGGUGGAUGGGCUGCUGGCGUUCCGUAAGAACGUGCAGGGGGCACUGAAGGGACAGAGCGAGUGUGCGAUCUGCUACUCGGUGAUCUCGACGGACAUGCAGACGCCAAACAAGCGCUGCGCGACGUGCAAGAACACGUUCCACUCGGUGUGUCUGUUCCGAUGGUUCAAGAGCAGCAACCAGAGCACGUGUCCGCUGUGCCGGAACAACUUUGUCUAUGUAUAGAGCGAUAGAGGGGGGAUGAAUAGAUAGGGCGUGUAUAGUAGUAUAUCUACCGAGUACAUAUCGAGACAAUCAAAGCAU